AGCAGCAGCGUCACAUGUUGUUUUUCUCCAGGAUCAGAUCAGUCCCUGGUCUGGUCCCACCGCACUGUUGCUUCUACCGCGGAGGACAGCGGACACAGCUAUCGGUGUCUGCUAUGGAGUAGAUCAAAUACGAAAUUAAAAAACGGGUUAUCUUUAAAGUUUAUUCUGCUUCUUUUUUUUUUUUUUUUCCGAAACACUCUGCUUACCUGGAACUUGAAAACAGAAGUGGAGAGAUAAUGGCAAGUCCUCCGGCGACGGGAGGACACCUGUUAUCUAAUGGGACGAAUGGCGUGAAGAAGUACGGGUACCUGAGGAAACAGAAACACGGACACAGGCGCUUUUUCGUCCUACGGGAGCCGACGGAGCGCUGCCCGGCCCGGCUGGAGUAUUACGAGAGCGAGAAGAAAUGGAGAAACAAGUCCGCCGCGAAACGGGUCAUAACUUUGGACUCCUGUCUGUGCGUAAACAAACGCGCCGACGCCAAACACAAGCACCUCAUCGCCCUCUACACCAAGGACGAGUACUUCGCCGUGGCUGCUGACAACGAGCAGGAGCAGGAGAGCUGGUACACGGUUCUGACGGAUCUAAUAGCCGAGGGGAAGGUGUACGACAGCCCCGCUUCCACCUCCUCUUUAGUGGGCUUUGAGGAGACCAGCUACGGACUCAUUGCUCCUGCAACAGCUGCCUAUAAGGAGGUAUGGCAGGUCAACUUGAAAUCCAAAGGCUUGGGUCAGAUCAAGAACCUCACUGGAGUGUACAGGCUGUGUUUGUCCAGCCGGACCAUCAGCUUUGUCAAACUGAACUCGGAAACAGCUGCUGUCAGUUUACAGCUCAUGAACAUCCGCAGAUGCGGCCACUCAGACAGCUUCUUCUUCAUAGAGGUGGGCAGGUCAGCGGUCACCGGGCCUGGGGAGUUCUGGAUGCAGGCGGAGGACUCAGUGGUGGCUCAGAACAUCCACGAGACCAUCCUUGAGGCCAUGAAGGCCAUGAAGGAGCUGUCCGAGUUCAGGCCGCGGAGCAAAAGCCAGUCAGCCAGCACCAACCCCAUCUCUGUGCCCACACGACGCAACCUCAACAACCUCCCCCCCAGUCAGACGGGCCUGGUGCGGAGAUCCAGGACAGAUAGCAUGGCAGCCACGUCCCCAGGGAGAAAGUUCACAUCCUGCCGGAUAAGAACGGCCAGUGAGGGAGACGGAAGCGUGACCCGGCCAGUGUCCAUGUCCAUAUCUGUGACUGGAAGUCCCACCAGUCCAAACUCUGGGAACCACCUCAGCAGGUCCCAUACCCUCAGCAGUGGGCGCACCUGCAGGAUGCUAGAGUCCUCCUCCAACCUGCAUCACAGCCGGUCCAUGCCGAUGUCCAACUCCCCUCCUGCUGCCUCCAGCCCCAUCAGCAUGUCUCCCAGAGGGGGGGCCAGUAUCUACACUCCUGACAAAGCAAGGCGACCUUUCAGCUGCAGCGCCUCCAUCUCCGGCUCCCUCAGCGACACUGGCUUCAUGUUGUGUGACGAUUACAGCUCCAGCCCGGGCGAACCCAAAUUCCUCCCCCUGACCCGCAGCGACACCCCUGACUCUCUGUCCAGCACGCCUCCGUCCCGUGACAUCAGCGACCCUUGUGGCUACAUGAUAAUGGAGGGGGCGAAUGGCAGCAGGUCUGGGGCUUACGGCGAGGGUCUGGCGUUUGACAAGGCUUACAGGAAGCGGACGCACUCCCUCACCACACCACGUCAACAGAGGGUGGUGGCGCCGCUGUCGUCUGCCUCCCUGGAUGAGUACACGCUCAUGAGGAUGGCCCACGGACAGAACUCUCACUCCGCCUCGCCCAAAGUGUGCUACCCUGAGGAUUAUGGAGACAUUGAAAUCGGUUCAUCCAGGAGCUCCAGCAGUAACCUUGGCGAUGAUGGCUACAUGCCAAUGACGCCAGGUGUAGUGUCCCAGUCUGGCAGGGCAGACAACUACGUACCCAUGAGCCCCAUGUGCGUCUCAGCACCAAAGCAGAUUGUGAACCCUAGGGUGCACCCUCAGGCGGCUGCCAGCGGCGGCUACAAGACCAACUCCCCCUGCAGCAGCUCCCUGGAGGACAGCGGCUACAUGAGAAUGUGGUGUAGCUCCAAAUCCUCCAUGGAGAGCCCAGACAGGAAUGGUGAAUACAUGAACAUGUCACCUGGAAACCCACCUCCACUCCAGACCCCCCCUGACUACUACUUGGGCCUGAUGGCUGGCGAACCCACAUCAGCGAGGCCGGCUUACCAGGCCGGCUCCCUCACGCUCCCUGCUAAACUUCAGGCCUCCAAGAAUGAGGAAAGCAGCCAGUAUGUGUUGAUGAGCCCUCAGAGUUUGAGGCAGAGGGCGGGUGAGUCAGACUAUUAUUCAGUGAUGCAGCCCAGUGCAGCUCAGACCUCACCCCUGAGCCCCUCGGUACCCUCCCCAGUCAGACACGGCCGGGCGGACACGCUGCCCUACAGAGGGAGGCUGGGCAGACCUAACAGGCUAUCCCUAGACACCCUGAGGACCCUGCCCAGCAUGAACGAGCACCCCCUCCCCGGAGAACCCCGAAGCCCUGGGGAGUACAUCAACAUUGACUUCAGCGGUGCCAGAUUCUCCCCGCCCUCCAUUGUAUCCGCAGAGAGCCGGUCUUCGUCGCUGGGUUCCAGCGGCGGGGGCCCGGGGAGGUCGUCUCUGACAGACUACAUAAAUCUGGAGCUGGGCUCACACUCACCCAAGGGGGCUGACACUCCCGCUGAGCGCUUGGACACACUCCCAGAGUUAUCAAUGUGCCCCUGCUCAGAGGAGGAUGGCGUGUACCAUCUGGAUAGUGAGAAAAGGUCUCAGGGCCUCGGUGAUGAGGUGAAAAACGACUACACUGAGAUGACAUUCGGGAUGACCAGCUCGCCUCCACAGCUUGUUCCUCAGAACACAGCAAGCAGCCAGAGCAGCAUGGAGAGGAGGCUACCACUGGAGGAUCAGGGAGUCCCAGAAAGCAUUGGGGUCUUCCUGCUUGGGGCCACCUCUUCCUCCACAGUUGACCCCGACUGCUCCGCCAAGGUGAUCCGGGCCAAUCCGCAGGGACGCCGGCGCCACAGCUCCGAGACCUUCUCCUCUACCGCCACAGUGACGCCGGUCUUCCCCUCCUUCGCCUGUGGCGACAUGGUGAAGAGGCACAGCUCGGUGGAGAACAUCUCGUCCCGGAGCAGCGAGGGCUCCGACGAGGAGUACGGCAGCCCGGUGAACCGGCAGAGCGCGGCCGGCUACCCGAACGGACUGAACUACAUUGCCUUGAACCUGCUGGACAACAGGGACAUGGAGAAAUGCGAGGACCUGGCUGGCUUCAAACCCACCAGCAGCUGCAAAGGGGGUAUCAAUGGAUUACACAGCACACCAUAUGUCUGUUUGGGAUUCAAGGAGGCUGCAACCACUGCCAAAGACUGAAGGACUCCUUUAUCCUCAGACUUGGCGUCUACACAACCUGCUGCUCGACAAAAAAGAAAUCAACUUAGCCCUUCUGCUGGGCACCGUGGCCCUAAAAGACUGUCUGGACCCUCAGUGACACUCGCACACAAACACAUGCACACAGGAAACAAGCAGGUCAUCAUCUAUGCAUGUCAUGAAUUUGCUGAAGGCGGGACAGGUGUGUUUGUGUGUGUGUGUGUGUGUGUGUGUGUGUGUGUGUGUGUGUGUGUGUGUGUGCGUGUGCGUGUGUGUGGGGUUGUGCGUCUCAUGUUCCCUGCACUUUUCGGAGGCCAUUUUUUUCCUCUGACCCAAAUUUGGGCGCAAGCACAGAAGCAAAGAUAGUCAGACAAUAACAAAACUCUAAUGGUACCCAGAUACUAUUUAUUUACUUGAGGGUAGUUUCAUGGCUGUCUGUAUGAGUGCGAGUGUGUGUUUCUGAGGCAGAGUACGACCAACCGGCAUGUCAGUGAACAAUGAAACUAUAGAAAUGGCCCAGGGAGCGAGGAUACCAAGGUACACUGAGUAUAUAACUAUAUUUAGAGAUAGAUAUUAGAUAUUUUAUUUAUUUUUGGAAGAUGAAUGUCUGAUAAGACCUACCCAAUGCCUUAAUGUCUAUACUGUCCUUAUGUUUUUUAAGAGAUAAAUAUUCUAUUUCAGUAUGUCUACCUACAUCUCUAUAUUGUUAUUCUGUUGUGAAAGUAACAAGCCUAGCUUACCAUUCAAAUAUUAUUUCAGAAAUGUACAGUACAGUGGGGCUGCUUGAGAACUGAUUUAUCGUAUUGAUAUUAAAGUAUUUUCUUAAUUACUAAUUUCUUAUUUAUUCUAACCUAGUUUAUUUUUUUGUCCAAUCAAAGCGCUGGACUUAAAGAAAUAUAUUUCUAAAUGUCUUUAAGAGUUAUGCAUGUCCUUAUAACUCAGCUCAGACCCCACAACACCAGGCAUCUGAAUGCACUGUACCUCCCACAGUUCCUCAGUCACUUGAGCCUGAAAACCUCACACACUCCUACCUUCAAACCUACGGCCUGCUGUUAAGCUCAAUGCAGGCCGCCCUGCUGUGAUAUCAUUUAACGGUACAACUGUCGAGAGGUAACGAUGGAGGGGCGGAGCCGAUGAUAAAUGUUGGGGGGGGCACAGUCGAGACAGUUUCCGGUCUGCGAGUUGAGGGGUGAGGCGAGGGGGGCGCCAGUGUGCGAGCAGUGAGGGGAGGAGGGCUCUGCAACACAGACAGAGUAGAAAAGGGGCCAACAGCCACAUCUGGCAACAUCAUGGAGGUUCACUGGAGAACCAGCUGUCUGGAAAAUGUAACUCUAUUGCAGACAGCGUAAAGAGUUUGAUUUGGCUGAAGAGAAUUAUGUAAUGUUAGACGUUAAAGCAAGACUAUGUAACGAUUUAACAAUGUGACAACUGUGUAACAAUCACGGGAUACAGCUAAAUGCUGGAACAGUGUAACAGCAGCACUGACUUAGUAAAGUCUAUUGUACAGCACUAAUGGUUGCUAACAUUAGCUAUUACAAAGUCAUUUAAUUUGAAGACAUUUUUUUAAAAAAAGUGAAAUUCUGCUGCUCCUCAAGAGCUUUGAACCUCCAAAAUGGCCGCCAGAUGGUUUGUUAACAUGCUCUAAAAAGGCCUCUACGGACAUCCUAACUGUGUGGUCUUUGUGUCGUCCACUGUGCCGACUCCAACUGGCUCCCAGCCCCUUUAGUGUACAGUAGAUUGUAAAACUUUUAACCAUGUCUGAAUGUAUCGCUCAGCUGGUGGGAACACCGCAGAAACAUAACGUGGGAAACGGUUGACUUGGAGUUGAAUAAUAUUGGAGCUGUACCCCGCCAAGUGGUGGUAUCUAUUUAUCUUCAGAGUCUUGAAUGUGUAUAUUUUGUACAUAAAAAGAGUUUAACUAAAAACAAUCUAUUGAAAAUACAUAGAGUACCUAGAUUUGACCUAUGUUGCAAUGAUAUUCCUGUGUAAAGACUUUGGCUACAGAUUUUUAAAAUGGGGACGGGGUUUUUGCUUUGGGGUUGUACAGUGUAUUGUAUGCUUUUCUCCCUCACAGUCUCUGUGACUAUAUGAAAAAAAAUACUGUCUAUUUUAUUAUAGCGAUCUCUUUGCCUUGUCGACACACUUUACCUAAUGGCAUAUGCAAUAGUGACAUGAAUACAAUCUAGUUUACAACCGUGGAACCAAAUGUAACAUUGCAUUGAUUAUUUUGUUUUUGUUUGUGACGAGCAGAAGCUGUUUUUUGCUCCUUGUACAUUUCUCUUUCUGCCAAGUGUUUUGUUCUUGUCGCUGGGAACUUUUGUUCUUGACAUGUCUCAAAGCGCUUUCCCCAUUUCUGUGUCCAUGGACGGACUCUUGUUUUACAGAUUGAUCUCGGAUUGACUCAGUCUGAAUGUGUCGUUGUCUUCCAUUGUACAUAGUUCAAUAUACUGUUUAUUGUGAUGCUCACAAGAGAUGAUUAUAAUGAUUUAUAAAUCCUGGUAGUCGAGUAUUGCUUUUGUCUGUAUUGAUUAUGGAUAGCAACCUACAGAAAUAAAUGAAUUUAUUUAAAGAGAUACAA